GGUGUAACUGUCAGUUGUGUUCCUCAUUCUCGUCAACAUCGGCUGUUGCAGACUGACUAUAAGCGAUUAGCAGUUUAGAGUACUUUGAGAUCUCAGUCAAUGUACGGAACUAUGUAAUAUAAAUAAGUAUUGUUCUCCCUAACAGAACACCAUAUAUCACAGCGUAAAGUUUACUGCCUUGCACUUUGGUAACUGUGUCGGUGAUGGUAAGGUAGACUGAGUAAGCUGCUUUGGGUAACCUACACCUAAAUAGGUUUGUUGUUUUUAACCAUUUUUAUUGCGAAGUUUCCUCUUCCCAAUGUUCACCUAUCAUUGUGUGUGAAAAAGCUUUGUUGGAAGCAUCCAGGACAGCGCUUUCUUUCAUGGAGAGGUAGGGCUACUGCUGCCAAUCUGUGAAACUGAUCGGACUUGUUGCACGAAGAACACGUCCCUCAGGAAUGCAUAGUAUUUUUUGGGUAAACCCGUUAUCAAAAUCAAUUUACAUUUAAGUCUGCGCGUGUCAGUGGUGUUUUGAUUUCCCAACAGGGUACAUUUCCGACGGUCUAUAGUGGGUGUUCCCCACCCAAUCCUUUGAUUCUAUACCAGAUAGUAGGCUAUACAAGUCAGGUCGACUUUGUGGACACGGGAAAGCGAACAUGAGACUGGAUGUGAUGGACUUUCUGCGUAAUUAAGGACAUUUAAGUAAUUAACCUACCCGACUGCCGGACCGGGGACGCUCUAACGGACUAACGGAAACGCCCGAGGCCAAAUGAGCUGGAGUCCAGUUCCGUGAUUUAAUGUUUUUGGAAAGGCGCAGCAGACCCCUCAAUACCCGGGAACUUCUGUAAAUAAAUGGCACCCAUAAACAACCAACGACCAACGCAGACUUACCCCGAGGCAAUACGUAAUAUUUUGUGAUUUCCUAACCUGCAACUUGAACUUGGGCUUCUGUUGAGAAGAUGUCGGAGCAAGAGCGUUAUGGGGACGGUCUGUGCGAUGAUGGAGCUCCUGAGAUCAUCCCGCCGAGAGUGUCCAGGACGGGGCGGCGGAGCGGAGUUAUCCUCCCCGGCCAGGACAACGACACCAUCGUCCUGGAGGCAGUGAGGGCAGCCCCCCGCAGGAGCAGCAUCAUCAAGGAUCCUUCAAUGCACAAGUUGGCCGGCGGGCGCAAGAAGACAGUGUCCUUCAGUAGCAUACCCUCAGAGAAGAAGGUGAGCAGCGCGGCCGACUGCCUGGCCUUCAUGCAGGGGGGCUGUGAGCUGAAGAAGGUGCGUCCCAACUCCCGGAUCUACAGUCGUUUCUACACCCUGGACCUGGACCUCAGCUGCCUGCGCUGGGAGCCCUCUAAGAAGGAUGGGGAGCGCGCUCGCCUGGACAUGGCCACUAUCAGGGAGGUUAGGACGGGGAAGAGCACUGAGACCUUCCUCCAUAACGGACCUGCUGCAGAACACCUGGCUGAGGAGGCUGCCUUCUCUAUUAUCCACGGGGAUGACUACCAGUCUCUGGACCUGGUGGCUCUUUCAGCCGACGUGGCCAACAUCUGGGUGACAGGGCUCCGUUACCUGGUGUCCCACCCCUCUGCCAUCGGGCAUGGAGGGGGGGCAGGCGGGGGAGGAGGUCUGGGAGAGGGGAGCAUCAUAGGGGAGGGUAGCCUCGGCAGUAAGAUGAGGAGUGAAUGGCUGGCCGCAGAGUUUGCCGAGGUGGAUGAAGACGGGUAUGGGAUCGUCUCAGAGGAUACGGCCGUGGCAACCAUCUGUAAGCUGUGUCCUGGCAUCAAGGAGGCUAAGGUGCGUCUGAGGUUCAAGGAGAUCCAGCGCAGCAAAGAGAAGCUGACGUCUCACGUGACACGCGAGGAGUUCCAGGAGGCCUUCUGCGAACUCUGCACGCGCCCAGAUGUCUAUUUCCUAUUGGUCCAGCUCUCUAAGGACCGCGAGUGUCUGGACGCCCAGGACCUUCGUCUCUUUCUGGAGACGGAGCAGGGCCUGUCCCUGGCCACAGCUGAGGGCUGUUUGGAGCUGGUCCUACGCUUUGAGCCCUCCAGACCAGGCCGAGAGAGAGGCUUGCUGGGGCUUGACGGCUUCGCCCGUUACCUGCAGUCUCCAGAGUGCCAGCUGUUUGACGUGGAGCACCAGGGAGUGUGUCAGGAUAUGAGCUUGCCCCUGUCCCACUACUACAUCAGUGCGUCCUAUCGGUCCUAUCUCCUGGAUGACCAGGUUCAUGGGAGGGCUGAUCUAGGGGGUUUGACCAGGGCUCUUCAGGCCGGGUGUCGUUGCCUGGAGCUGGGGGUGACAGACGGCCCAGAGGGGGAGCCUCUCCUGGGGGUAGACUAUGGUCCUGAUGCCCACCGCCACCACCACCAUCACCACCACACCCCUGUCACCAUUCGCAGUGCCCUGGAGGUGGUGAAUAAGUAUGCCUUCCUGACCUCGCCCUACCCGCUGCUGCUCUACCUGUGCCAGCGCUGUUCCCCCUCCCAGCAGCGUACCUUAGCCCAGCACCUGAGGAAGGUGUUCUCUACACGUCUCUACACCCCUGAGGCCCUGCCGGUCAGCCAGGUGGGGCGAGCCACCACCCUGCCCUCCCCAGAGCAGCUGAAGGGCCGGGUGCUGCUGGUGGGGAAGAAGCUACCCCCUGAAGAGGAGGGGUCCGAGGGAGAGGUAUCAGAGGAGGACGAGGAGAUCGGGGGAGGCGGACCCUUGGCUGGCCGGCGAAUGACCAUCCCCGGAGAGGAGGAACUGGGCGUGGUUUUAGUAGUGCCCCCGCCCCCUCAGCCCAGGAGACUCCGCCUCCAACGCGAGCUCUCAGAUCUGGUGAGCGUGGCUAGAACCGGAAGCCGUAGCUUCUACAACCACCGAGAAACAAGGAAACAAGGACAGCAGCACUCCCCACCCAGCACCCCCUCAACGCCGGGCACGCCCUUACUCCCUGAUUCGGCCUAUUGGACUCUGUGCUCCCUGGGGGAGGGAGAAGCGGGCCGGCUGGCCAGUGAGAGCCCAGAGGACCUAGUAGGCUUCACCAAGCGUACCCUGACCCGUGUCCGGCCCAGCUCCGUCCGCCUGGACUCCUCCAACCCCAACCCCCAGGGGUACUGGAAGGGCGGGGUCCAGCUGGUGGCCCUCAACCAGCAGACCCCCGGGGCCAUGCUGGACCUCCACAGAGGACGCUUCAUCCAGAACGGGGGCUGUGGCUUCGUGCUGCGCCCGGGGGUCAUGAGAGACGAGGUUUCCUACUUCAGUGCCGUGACCCAGGGGUGUGUGCCCGGCGUGCCCCCUCAGACCCUUAGGGUGAAGGUGAUCAGCGCCCACAACCUGCCCAAGCCACAGGGCGCUGGGGCCAAAGGAGAGGUUAUAGAUCCCUAUGUGGUUCUGGAGCUGCAUGGGGUACCAGCGGACUGCGCUGAGCAACGGACCCGGACCGCCGCACAGAACCAGGAUGGCCCACUGUUUGAUGAGACCUUUGAGUUUCAGGUGAACAUGCCAGAGUUGGCGCUCCUCCGCUUCGUGGUAUUGGACGACGACUACAUUGGAGACGACUUCAUUGGCCAGUACAGCGUGGCCUUCGAAUGCCUUCAGCCGGGCUACCGCAACGUGCCCCUGCUGGGUCUGGAGGGAGACCCCUUGCCCCACGCUAGCCUGUUCGUCCAUGUUGCUGUGACCAACCGACGAGGGGGGGGCAAGGCCCAGAGGAGGGGUCUGUCUGUGCGGAGAGGGGUGCGGCGGGGGCGAGAGUACGUGACCCUACGGAACACGGGUAUUAAAGCUCUGGAUGAUACAUUCCGUCCCGCUAGCACCCAUCUCAGAGAGGCCACAGACCUGCGGGAGGACGCACAGAGUGCAAGUGUGAGUUUCAAAGAGCAGUGUGGACUCCCCCCGGUGGCCAAACUGAAGCAGUGCAUCCAGAGCCUGGCCACACGGUUGCAGACCCCAGAAGGGCCCCCGGGGGCCAGCAUGACCCUGAGGGAUGGCUACCCCCACCUGGAGGCCCUGAGCAGCAUCACCGAGGUCACGCGCAAACUACUGAACCACUAUGAUACGAUGAUCUCAGCCAAGAAGCAGCUGAUCGAGAAUGCAGACGUUGUGCAGGAGAGGAUCGCCCAGGUGCAGAGAGAAGGAAUGGAGUUCCAUGAGGAGCUGCCCAGGCUGGGAGAGAAGGAGGGGCUGAAGGGACACAAGCAGAGCAAAGCCCUGGAGAGUUUCACCUGGAAUAUUACUGUACUGAAGGGUCAGUGUGAUCUGCUGCGCAGUGCCAAGAUAGACUCUCUGGAUGCUCUGAGACAGUUGGCCCUGGCCUGUGAAGCCUGUGGCCUCACCUCCACCACCUCCUCCUGCACCUCUUUUGGUCCCUCUGAUCUCUUCUACACCUCCCAUAGCAGGAGGGGCAACUCCCAGGAGAGGAGAGGAAGCACCCAGGAGAGGAGGGUGAAUACCCAUGGCAAUGGACGAAUAUGACACCCCCCAACCUACCAGAGAGAGGGAAGGGGGAUAGAGGGAUCGAGUGGAUGAGAUGGUGACAACCCCUCAAACUGCCAGAGAAAGGGAGGUUGGGGAGAGAGAGAGAUGGAGAAAGAGAGCAGAGUUGGAAUGGUCUAGAGUAGAGCCCAGAGCAUAUACCUUUAUCCAGAGUAGUAAGACUAGUGACGAAUCGUUGCAGUAACUUGACGGCUUACUUUGUGUUCAUCAGUGGAAAUACAUUUGUGCUUAUUUAAGUCGGACACUUGAAUAUAACGCUCCUACAAUUUACUUCAAUGCUUUUUCUCCCUAAAAAGGGAGUUGUGAUUGUGAAGACACGUUGUUCUUAGGUAAGAAACAUUUGCUGUGGAGAGGACGAGUGAAGAGUCUCUGUCCUUCUGAACCCACCUAAUUGAUCCCUCAGGAGGAAGUGAUGUCACGCUGUGAUGCCUUGAGGGCCCGUCUCACCAUGGAUACCACAGGGGGUUGAGUGACAGGUGACUCUCCCAGUGUCCCACCGACACAGCUACUGUUACACCCAGCCCCUCUCUCCUUCCUUCCCCCUCUUUAUCUCCUUCACCCAGAACCCUCGGUACAUGGAGUGUUUUGAAUGUCUAGCCUGUCUUGCGUACCCCUCACCCACAGGUGUCAGAUGGCUAGGGGCUAGGGGCUAACAGUGACACAGUAUAACAACAUCACAGUAAGGUCUGGAAGACAACCUGAAGACAACCUGAAAUAAGAGGACCUGUUGAGUGUGAUUUAUUGAUUGAUUAUUUGAUUGUGUUUAAAAGGCUUAAUUGAUUAGUUGGGCGGCAGGUAGCCUAGUGGUUAGAGCGUUGGGGCAGUAACCAAAAGGUUGCUUGUUCGAAUUGAAUCCCUGAGCUGGCAAGAUGGAAAAAUCUGCCGUUCUGCCUUUGAGCAAGGCAGUUAUCACCCCACAACAACUGCUCCCCGGGCGCCGAUGACGUGUGGAUGUAGAUGAAGGCAGCCCCCCGCACCUCUCUGAUUCAGAGAGGUUGGGUUAAAUGCGGAAGACACAUUUUGAUUGAAUGCAUUCAGUUGUGCAACUGACUAGGUAUCCCCUUUCCCCUUUGAUUGAUAGAUGUGUAUUACCCUGCACAAGGAUGUGAUUAGCAUGGCUGUGUUGCUAUGAGGGAGGGGGCCCUCUCUCUCUGUAUUGACUGAAAGUAUGUGCUGGGUUUGUCCCAGCUAAAAACUCACUCAGCAACAGUAAAGGACAAUGACUAAGAACUACAAAAAUGGCGCUACUAGAUGCUACUACAUCCUUGGUGUGCUUAUGCUGCUUGUGAUGGUCGACUGUGGGACAUGGAUGCCAUUGUUUUUCCGAUGUUAGAUUUGUGCUUAUAAGGUAGGUAAAUACUUCAUGUAAUUUCUAUCUUACUGUGUCAUAGCACCCUUUCUCUACCAGUGGUGGCUGGUAUCACUUUAAAUCGGAGGACGGGCCCACCAGCCUCCACUGCUCUCUACCUUUCCUACUGCCUGUGAUCCAAACACAGCUAGAGGCACAGGGCCCCAAUACAACAAUACUAAACCCAGCGCUGAGAGAGCACUAUAGGAGCCUGGCAUCAAAGAAAAACAGACAGUAGAGAUAAUAGAGGAUCUUACAAUAAGGGACAUUUCCAUCACAAGGUGAGAAUGAAUUGAAUGGAAAGUAUUCCCCCGGGGCCUCCAGCAGAGCACAGGGUCUUCUGGGGCUCUGAGGUAAACAUACCUACCGUCUGUCAUUCUACAGUCUGUACAGACAUUUCAACACACAGCAGUAAAGUUGGAGGAACAUUUAAAUUCUGCAUAGAAAGGAUAAUACCUAACAUAGGUUCUUUAAUGCAUGCAGUGGACAACCCAUUUUGACCUGCCUCUCUCCUUCUCUUGGAUGGAUGGAUUCAUUAUCAUCUGUUGCCUCCUUCACCAGCCCACCUCCAUACAUCUAUUUUAAAGGCGUUGCAUGGUCAAUCCGACGUCUGCAUUGAACAUGCAACGUUUACAGUGAUAUGGCCUCUGCAGAAGUCAGAGCCAAUGUAUGCUUGAUCCGAAAAUGUGGUUGGAGGCUUUGUAUGGAGGGUGUGACGCAAUCACAUAGCCUCCAGAGGCACGCAGAGGCCAAAUCAAGCUCCGUACCGCAUCGCCGUGCACCUCUCAAAUGUUGUAUCAAUGAGGAGUGCUCCGUAUAGCUCCGCAUUAUGUGUAUUUUACACCUUCAUCUGUCCUUUCUUAUAUUAACCACCUUCAUCUGCCCUUUCUUAUAUUAACCACCUCCAUCUGUUGGGUCGUUCCAUGAAGAGUGCCUUUUGCAUCCCUUGAUAUUUGAAAUAGAAAUAGUGCACCAAUAGUGCACCAAAAGCCUGCUAUAUUAAAUUAAGUGCCCUUUAAUAUAGACUACAUGGAGAAUUCAAUAAAUCUUCAGAAUUUUGACAUGUCCCUCUGUGCAUCCUCUGUGACUUCUAGGAAGAUUUGAACCUACUUAACCCGCACAUUUCUCCACGUUUUCACCAUCAUUGUAAAGCUAUUUUGUUGCUUUGACAAAGUUAUUUCUGAAUAUUAGUAUUUAUUUGUAUUUCUUUAUUUAUUAAACCGUUAUUUAACUAGGCAAGUCAGUUAAGAACAAAUUCUUAUUUGUUCCUUUUUAAUGUUUUAUUCUAUAGAAACAAUGAACUGCUGAUAGUGAAAUCAUAGUGUGAAAGCAGGUGACCUGGUCCUGCUCUUGUUGGCCGUUUUGGGGUGUUUUGGGGUGGAUAACUGAGCGGGUCAAGCAUAACACGUCAACCCUGUUACCCAUCGAUAAACAGGCUAGAGAUGUUUUAACAAUAAAUAUAAAAAUGGUGAAGCUUGCAUUCAGUUGCCCCUCCCUGUUUGCACACAACAAGCUUCCAUUCCCCCUGUAACAAGGGGAUUUAACACUGUCAACCCUGUUACUUUAUUUAGCACUUAAUAGGCACUUACUAAAGAUGGGAAAACAUGUUUUUUAUGAAGUUGAACAUGUCCUCUUUAUGACAGAAUGUUGAAAUUAUGUCAAAUCAAAAUCCAAGUUACACUUCUCAAAAUCCAAGUUACACUUCUCAAAAGGCAGCGACUUGGUGGAACGACCCUGUUUCUCCUCCCUCCCUCCCUCCCUCCCUCCCUCCCU